AUGUCAUAUUCGCUGCUAUUGAUUGGCGUUGGUCUUGUGGUGGCCUAUCUUAUCACCAUCUCCUGUUACCGCCUCUUCUUCAGCCCGCUCGCAAAGUUCCCAGGUCCAAAACUUGCCGCGCUGACCUUGUGGUAUGAGUUCUGGUACGAUGUCGUCAAACGGGGUCAGUACUUGUUCAAGAUCAAGGAGAUGCAUGAUCGAUAUGGCCCAAUCGUCCGUAUCAGCCCAUACGAACUUCAUGUCAAUGAUCCCAAUUUCCUCCCUGUACUGUACGCCGGCGGCUCCAAGCGCAGAGACAAGUAUGCCUGGGCUCUGAGGCUAUUCGGCAGCUCGGGCGCAUCAAUAGCAACGGCGAGUCACGAUGUCCACCGUAUGCGCCGCGGAGCAAUGAACCGUUACUUCUCCAAAGAGAGCGUCCGGCGUUUGGAGCCAAUCAUUCAGAGCAAUUUUGAGAAGCUGUUGCAGAAGCUGGCCGAGUACAAGGGAUCAACGAAACCAUUGAACGUCAAUUUGCCAUUCAGCGCUUUCACAAGCGACAUCAUCACCGAAUACUGCUUUGGAAAGUCCCACAAUUGGCUGGAUAGACCUGGAUUCAACGAGAAGUUCAUCGAGAUGAUGGCCAGUGUGCAUGACAUGGCAGCCCUAGCCAAACAAUUCUGGUUCGUCAUGCCUCUCAUUGAUAUGCUUCCCGACUCGCUCGCAGAGAGCGUGGAUCCAGGCAUGCAGUCUUUCAUCCAAUUUAGAAGGGAAAUGAGAAAUCAGAUCGAUGAGAUCCAAAAAAGUCGAGCCAAAGGAGAAAAGCCCCAGACUUCGAUGAACGCCACAGUCUUUGAUUCGAUCCUCGACAGCGACUUACCUGAGCAUGAGAAGGAAAUGGAGCGCUUAUGGCAGGAGGCGCAAGUGAUUUGCAUAGCGGGAACCGAGACGACGGCAUGGGCUUUGUCUGUCGUCACGUUCCACCUCCUGUCGAGUCCUCAAGUACUGCGUACGCUGCGCGAGGAACUGGAGGCUGCAAUUGCCGAGCCGUCCCAGAGUGUCGAAACCAAAGAUCUCGAAAAGCUGCCUUACCUGACAGCCAUCAUACAAGAGGGGCUCCGGCUAUCUUUUGGUGUUAGCACUCGACUUCAAAGGGUGUGUCCCGAUGAGACCUUGACAUUCGACGACGGGAAGAAGCAGUGGAGUGUUCCGCCCGGUACCCCUGUCGGCAUGUCUUGUGCUCUUGUGCAUCUCAAUCCCGACAUAUUUCCCGACCCUCUCGUGUUCGACCCCGAGAGAUGGAUCAAGGAGCCUCAAUUGAGCCGGUAUCUCUGCUCAUUCGCAAAGGGAUCGCGUCAAUGUCUCGGGAUCAAUCUGGCAUAUGCCCAACUAUACCUCUGCGUGGCUGGUAUCUUCCGACGAUAUGGCGGACCAGGCAACCCGGGACCAUCAGGGUAUUUCGAGCUGUUUGAGACGACGCAUGAAGACGUGGAGCUAAAGUACGACUUGUUCGUACCUUUUCCGAAACAAGGGUCAAAGGGGGUGAGGGUGUUGGUCAAGUAGUAUUCUGUAGCGGCGUAAGG